GAUCGGCUCCCCGCCCUGCACUGCAGUGCCCGGAUGUUGGCUGCGUCCCAGGAGGCGGCUGUUCCUUGGCUGGGCGGGGAUGAGACACUACGCGUGCGCCGGGACGCGCGGCUCUGUUGCUGGGGCAACGUAACUGCCCGUUGGGCCGAGCAGCGUCGUCUGUCCGGCGAGGAGGCCGCCGAGAAGAGAGCAUCAUGCCUGUUCCAGAUGUCAUGUUCUGUGCACAACAGAUUCAUGUGCCGCCUGAACUGCCAAAUAUUAUGAAACAAUUUACUAAAGCUGCUAUUAGGACUCAACCACGUGAUAUACUCCAGUGGUCGUAUGGAUAUUUCUCCGCUUUAUCAAAAGGAGAGCCUCUUCCAGUAAAAGAGCGAGUUGAAAUGCUGGUAGCCACUCAGAAAAAUGAUACUGGUCUGACACCAGGGCUCCUUAAAGUUUUGCAUAAACAGCUAUCCAAAAAGGAAACUGUCAGUCUAGAAGAACUCCAGAUAAAAUGGAAAAACUUGUGCUUGCCAAUGGAACAGCUGCGCAGUCUGUUACAACUGAUUGAUUUUGUUGAUGGAGUGGAAUGGAUGAAAUUUUUUGCACUUGGAUGCAGUGCACUUUGUGGGUCCAUAGUGAGUUCUAUGAAGCAGGCCUGUGAAAUUCUUUCAGAUGAUCCAGAGGGUGGAGCAGCACGCAUUCCCUAUGACACCUUUGCAUUUCUCUACUCUUACCUGGCUGGCAUGGAUAAAGAAAUACCAGAAGGAGAAGCAGAAUCUUUUCUCUCUGCUCUUAAGGAACAAGUGGCGCACAAGAACUACAUGGUUGGAGUUGCAGAUUUUUCUGUAAACAGGAUGGAUUGAAACAAGAAAAGGCUGACAAAUUUAUUGUUAUAGUUAAAUAGUUGUAUAACCACAAAAUAAGAUUUUCUGCACCCAUUGUACAAUUUAUGUAAUUGUUAUGAUUAAGAAUAAAACUUUAAUAUUA